AAACAACAGACGAGACUACAAGACAAAGACCGCCAUCAUGUCCGUCAACUUCCGAGACCGGGCCAUCGCCGAGGUCCAAAAGGCCAUCAAAGCGGACAACGACAAGGAAUACCAACAGGCCUUCGAUCUGUACAUGUCGUCGAUGGAGCUGUGGGUCAAGGCCCUCAAGUGGGAGAAGAACAAGGCCAUCAAGGCCACCAUGCAGGAGAAGAUGGCCACGUACCUGGACCGGGCCGAGAAGCUGAAGCAGUUCCUGCAGACCGAGAGCGAAGGCAACGCCACGGGCGGCAAGACGCCCAUGGGGGCCAAUGGAUCCAGCGCAGGCGGCAAGGCGAAGCCGGCGGCAGAGGACGAGGACAACAAGAAGCUCCGCAAUGCGCUGUCGGGAGCCAUCCUGCAGGAGCGGCCAAACGUGCGGUGGGAGGACAUUGCUGGCUUGGAGGGCGCCAAAGAGACGUUGAAGGAGGCCGUCGUGCUGCCCAUCAAGUUCCCGAACCUGUUCCAAGGCAAGCGACAGGCGUGGAAGGGCAUCCUGCUGUACGGCCCCCCAGGAACCGGAAAGAGUUAUUUGGCCAAGGCCGUGGCUACGGAGGCAAACAGCACGUUCUUCAGUAUCAGCAGUUCGGAUCUAGUGAGCAAAUGGAUGGGUGAGAGUGAACGGCUCGUCAAGCUCUUGUUCUCCAUGGCUAGAGAGAACAAGCCGUCUGUCAUCUUCAUUGACGAGAUUGAUGCUCUUUGCGGCCCCCGAGGCGAGGGUGAAUCCGAAGCUUCUCGACGUAUCAAGACGGAAAUACUCGUGCAGAUGGACGGUGUUGGCAACGACAGCAAAGGCAUCCUCGUAUUGGGGGCCACCAACAUUCCCUGGCAGCUCGAUGCGGCUAUUCGCCGUCGUUUCCAAAGACGCGUUCACAUCGGCUUGCCCGACGCAAAUGGGCGAGCGCGGAUGUUCAAGCUUGCCAUUGGAGACACGGACACUGCACUGAAACCGAGCGACUACAACACCCUGGCAUCACUCUCAGAUGGUUUCUCGGGCAGUGAUAUCGCCAACGUUGUUCAGAGCGCUCUGAUGCGGCCUGUUCGCAAAAUUCUACAAGCGACUCAUUUCAAGCCAGUAAUGAAAAAUGGCAAGAGGAUGUUGACGCCCUGCUCUCCAGGAGACCCGGAGAAGAUCGAGAUGACAUACGACGAUGUCAAGCCAGACGAACUGCUGGCUCCGGACGUGACCCUUCAAGAUUUUGAGAUAGCCUUGGCCGAUUCACAUCCAACAGUGUCUAAGGAUGAUAUCGCGAAACAGGUCGAGUGGACAAACGAGUUUGGAAGCGAGGGAGCUUAGGCAAUGGGCGUGUCUUGGACGG